UUGCGCACUGUGUGCUGUGGUGUGUUAACAAUGACUACUGAUCACUAAAUUCUACUGCCUCAAGAUUUAUUGGCACUCCAUGGAGUGGGUCAGCUAGUUAGGAAUUUUGUUUAGGCAGUCAAUGAAACUGAAGGAGAUUUUCAAGGGGAUCUGAGGAGGGCUCCUCACACUAUAAGACCUCUUUGUCCAACAAGGUGGACAGUUCGCACUAAUGCUAUCCGUGCUGUAGAGAACCAGAAGGAGCGUCUAAUGCAUGCUUUGGCUGAGAUGGCAAAAAGUGAAUCGGAUGUAGUUACUAAGGCACAGGCCUUAUGUUGGGAAAUGUUGUUCUUGGUAUUUUCUGUGCUUUGGAGGCAACAGCGGAACUGGAGGCUCUGAAUGUGUCCCUCAGUGUGCAGUUUAGGGAAUGAUUUCUGCAGGAAGGAAUGCAAAUGUUCAGAAAUCUUGAACGAGUCCUCUUCACUGGAGAGGUAAAAGGUGUCAUGCAACAGUACCCAGAACAUAACUCGGACUGCCUGAAAGUACAAUGUUUAGCAGGAAGUACAGUUUCCAGUCUAGCAGUGAAGUUGCAGUCUUUCUUCAGGGGAAGGGUCCAGAUGUCCAUGGCUUCUUUGUUCUUCGACUGCUUCAUGUCAUUUAGGCCGUUUGUUACUUUAACAGUAACAUUUGCAUGGUUUUAUUUGCAUAGUGUAGAUGUAAAGAAAAUGUUGAAAUGCAGGAAGUUAUAUAUAACUGCCCGUGGUUAUAAUUAUGUUAUAAUUUGGCUGUGAUCAAUUCCCCUUGAAAUUUACUUCCCCAUCCUAGAACCCACACACACACACUUUAAAAAAGCUUGAUACACCCCUUGGGGCGAAAGUCCAUUUGGUUCAGUUUUAGGCGUUGUAUCUAUCAUGAGGAUGUUUUAAGAAACAAGUCCUUGGUCCCUCUUACCUUUGUGCUGUCUCAUGUUAAUCUUUUUUGUUUGAUAAACCUCAAAGCGUGAAAUGCAGUUCAUCUAAAGUGCAAAGGGGUACUGGGGCCUGUUGAAUUCAACACCAGAACUGAAAUCGGAACCAAAUCAUUCUCCAGGAUAAAAAUGUGUUAUUCGCAUAUAGAGUAAUACUGAUUGUAAUCUUUAGAAAAUAAAUGCUCAUAAGGAUCCACAGUCUGGGAUUUAAGCUUGGGGAGGCUGUGCUGGCACCAGACGAGUUAAAAGCCACAGUGUUUGCAGACGAUUGCGCGUCUGAAGCGAUCCGGCAGGUCAGGGUUUCAAAGUCCAGUUCAGGCAUGUUUUGUCUGACUGCCUGCAAUAUGGCCACCUGGAAGGAAAUGAAGCGAGAUGAGCUCUGCCGGCAGUACUCGCCCAGCCAAUGGUCGCACAGAAUGUCCGCGGACGAGGUGAUAAAGGCCCACGAGGCAUCGCUCAGAGAAGGCACAGAGAGGGCGCGCAGCAUCACCCAGACGCUACUCAACGUGCCGUACGGAGAAGGGCAGCGGGAGAAACUGGACGUCUAUGUGCCCACCAACCCCUCCCUAGAGAUGCCCUUAGUCAUGUACCUUCAUGGAGGCUACUGGGAGGCUCUCAGCAAAGAGGAGUCUGGCUUCAUGGCGGUCCCGCUGGUGCAGAAGGGCGUGGCCGUGGUGGCCGUGGAUUAUGACAUUGCUCCGGGAGGUAAUAUGGAUCUGAUGGUGUCUCAGGUCCGGCAGAGCGUGGUGUCCGUUGUCCAGCAGUACGCCCACAUCAGGUACCAGAGCAUGUCACAUGACUCAGCAGUACGCCCACAUCAGUGGUGUGUACCUGUGUGGUCACUCCGCUGGGGCUCACUUGGCAGCGAUGAUCCUGUCCACAGACUGGUCUCAGUACGCCGUCACCCCCCAGAUCAAAGGUGCACUUCUGGUUAGUGGCAUUUACAACCUGCUGCCCAUCCUGUCCACUUACGUCAAUGAGCCCCUGAAGAUGACGGAGUAUGUGACCAUGUGACCACGUGACCAUGUGACCUCUACAAGGAGGACUCUAGUCCAGAGCACCCGCCUUGCACGAACUCUUUCUUUAUUGGGGUCACACUCUUAUCAGAGUUCUCAAGCUUUUAAAAUUUUUAUUUUAAAAAGACGUAAAAUGUAGUGAAGCUCAGUCUGUGGUGUGGAGAAUGGUAAAUUAGCCCAGUGCUUCCCCUUAAUGGUAUGGUUAUAUUACUGGACACUGUUAGCUUAGCUUAGCUUCUGUAAUAAUCUGGCCUCUGUCUGUGCUUCUUCCUCUCACAGCUGUGUGUUAAAAUGAGCUGCUUUCAUCUCCAGUGCAGCAGUGUGUGCAUCUGACUGCAGUGACAGCCUGUGCUUGGCCGGGACAUCCACGCACUGCAUAAUCUAACCCCCCCCCCCC